CUUUUGGUCACCGGCUAAAUAAGAAACCGUAAAAAGUACCUGCGGAAACGAUAAAUGUCCGACACUUGUACGACCAAAAGUUGAGAUUAAAGAUGAGGGGGAAACCGAUAAGGCUUUUUUCAAGGGGAAAAGGAUAUGAAACUUGGGGGGAUUAAACAAUAUGCCCAAAGAACCUCGUAGGGCAGAACUUCAUAAAUGGUACUCGGCACUUAUGCAUGUGGAAGGCGAAGCUUUCUACUACUUGUCAUCAUCCAAUACUUUGGGAAUUAUCCGAGGAACUGAUUUGAACGUGGAAAUAAAGAUGACCUUAAGGUUCCCGAACUACAAAAUGGUCAAUUAGACCCACAUACCUAUUGGAAUUCCGUCCAACACCUUUCAGACUCGACCUCAUCCAAGAGACCUACAGCAAAAUGCGCGCUACUUUCUACCAACUCGUAGUUCUAAGUCUUGGAUUUAUCGCCAUAGCUGCCCCUCUAGGCGAUAUUGGUAAGAUAAAUAGAUCACACAACUGAAAUUUAACUCCGCUAACAUCAAUCUUGGUAGACUACUCCAUUGUUCGAGCCACGGGUCCGUGAAAAAACUUUCCAAAUAUGGAGCGUGAUUGUGCUAAACUCAUGGUAGAUGGCGAUGAAUAUGUCAGAUGGCCUGAUAACAGCAUUGAUGAGAAUGGGCUUCUCGUUGCAGCUUACGAAGACUCGAACACUACUUAAAACUGGAUAAACUGAGUCAGAUAGGGAUUGAAAUGGGAUUCCGACCGUGUGGAGCUGAGUUUCGAGAUCCAGAAGUGGAAGAUAGCGGCAUGUAAAGGGUGUGUUGUUACAUUUAUUUUGAUUUGAUGACAUUUUGAUGGAUGAGAACAAGAGAUUGAAACUUCAUGCAACAUUGAGGUUCGGCAUUUAGCGGCCAAGAGGU